AUGUCGAGUAGUGGCGGCGACUAUGGGUUUGAGUCCGAGUCUGGGUCUGGGUCUCAUGUCAUGUGGUCUCGUUUACAUACCUCUACCCUGAACCACUUCGAGUCAGUCUCUCCACUAUCCAUCGACACCACGAGAUUCCCAACCUUUCCCCUCCUCUCCGCCGCCAUCGCCACCCUCGUCAUCUUCACGCCCCUGACGACCGCCUUCGACGGGAUCGGCUGCAUGACCGUGACCGAGGACGUCGACUGCGGCCGCGGCGAAUGCCAACUGGGCGAGCACUACAUCCGGUUCGGCGUGACGACCAUCUACGGCAACCCGCUCGACAACUGCGAGUGCCCGCAGCUGCUGGGCAUCUGCAGCGCCAUCAACCCGGAGUGGCACGGCACCUGCUCGUGCGACCAGGGCGACCGCAGCAUCCACAUCCAGGGGUUCCCCAUCCGCGUCUCCGACUCCAACAUCGACUGCUGGUCCUGCACCGACAUGUUUGACGACUCGCAACGCGAGGUGCGCCUGAUUUGUCGGGGCCAGCCGGGCGUCACGAAGAGUAAUGUCGGGUGUCCGCCGCCGCCGCAGUAG